GAGAAAGAAAAAAAGAAACGACCAAAACACGAUUGUUGGAUCAUGAACGUGUAUCCACAAUGGAGAGCGUCCAUCUACAGCCUCACCAUCACCCUGAUCGUCGCUAGCACCAUCGUCGUCGUCACGCGCCUUACCUUGGGAAUCAUACAGCGCCGGUCGCUGUCCCGCCGCUUGGCCGUGCUCCUGACCGGUGAGGAGGCCUGGCUGCUCGCCGCGCACAUAUUCUCCGUGGCGACGGCCGUCAUGAACCUGAUCAUGACCUUGUUCUGGUCGGAUCUGGUCGAGCAGGCGCCGGACGGCGUGGUGACAAACCUCUCGCUCGCCGACUACAGGUACCUGUCGUACCUCCUCUUCGCCAUCUCGCUCUGCUUCCUCUCGAGCCUGUGGGCGGCAAAGUAUAGCUUCCUGUGGAUGUACAAGCCCCUGUUCAGGGACAUGCCCGUGUGCCGAAUCCUGUGGUACAUAUUGUUGGCCUUUUGCACUGUUCUACUGAUGGGUUGCUUCGUCACCGCAUUCACCGUGUGCUCCUCACUGGACGCGUCCUUCAGCGGUGGAACCUGCAAUACUCCCUUCAACACUCCACGCGGCGCUAUAACCUUUUGGUUUUCGUACGUGGCUGACCUCCUCACAGACUUGUUGAUCAUGGCCUUUCCAAUGCAACUGUUCAGGCACCUGCGGCUGCCGUUCGCUCGCAAGGUGGGCGUUGCAUGCCUCUUCUGCGCCGGCUGGGUCUGCAUCAUCAUCUCGUCGGUACGCGCGUGGCAGUUGAACAAGGUUGUGGGCCAGCCGGACCUGCAGUGGCUUGCGCUCUGGGGGACGACAGAGACCUCGGUUGUGGUCAUGACGGUCAGCGCCCCGGGCAUAUACCGCGCGGUGAACGCUCUGGCAAGGACUCGACGCUCGAGAAAAAGUUUCAACGAGCAAAAGCAGCAUAGCGACGACUUGUAUAAGUGA